AUGUCGGCCAUGUACGCCGUUUACCACGGGCCCGAGGGCUUGCGCCGAAUAGCGGCUCGCGUGCACAUGCUGACCGUCGUCCUGGCCGAGGGACUGCGGAGGGAUGGGCACGACCUUGUGGGCGAGGGCUGGUACUUUGACACUGUGACGAUAAAGCCAAGAGUGCCUUUGGAAAACAUCAGGAGAAGCGCCGAGUCGGAGAGGAUGAACCUCAGGUACAACAGGGACGGGACCGUGGGCGUGUCUCUGGACGAGAAGACGACUCCCGAUGACGUGGACGACAUCCUCCGAGUAUUUGGGACCAGCGCCACGGUCGAGGGGAUCGUCGGAAGCGGCCUCGUCGAGGGCAGGGACCUUGACCACUCGCCCUUCCGUCGCACGACUCCGUACUUGCAGCAUCCCGUUUUCAACGCCCAUCACUCGGAAACACGGAUCGUUCGGUACAUGAAGUCUUUGGAGAACAAGGACAUCUCGCUCGUGCACAGUAUGAUUCCCCUGAUGACAUCUCAGAGGACAUAUCAGCUGACGUUUAUAAAGAGGGAUCAAAGACGCUUGAAAUACGUGUUGCAACAACAGGACUAA